AUGCGCUGCAGCCCUGAAUCGUGGUCCAUACGGUCCAUACACGUGUAGAGCCAAACUGAGGAUAGAUGUGAUUGUAGGGAAGCACAGUGGCAAACUUGUUGCUGUUUGGAUCGAAAUUUCGUCUCUGACAAAAGAUCUUGAGAACUGUUUUCGUCGUUUACGGUUUGUUUUGAAGGACAGCUCUGGCUGACGCAUAUUUUGAUACCAGAGCGCAAUGAUGAAGUACAUCCUGGUAACCGGAGGAGUCAUCUCAGGCAUCGGCAAAGGCAUCAUCGCAAGCAGUGUGGGCACAAUCCUGAAGUCAUGCGGCUUGCAUGUGACUGCCAUCAAGAUUGACCCUUACAUCAACAUAGAUGCUGGCACAUUUUCACCCUAUGAGCAUGGUGAAGUGUUCGUGCUGGAUGAUGGAGGUGAGGUAGACUUGGACCUUGGGAACUACGAACGCUUCCUUGACAUCCGGCUCACCAGCGACAACAACCUGACCACCGGCAAGAUCUAUCAGUCUGUCAUCAACAAGGAGAGGAGGGGAGACUACCUGGGCAAAACAGUGCAGGUGGUGCCACACAUCACAGAUGCCAUUCAGGAGUGGGUUGUGAAACAGGCCACAGUACCAGUCGAUGACGAUGAUGUAGAACCUCAAGUUUGUGUAAUAGAGUUAGGAGGCACUGUGGGGGACAUAGAGAGUAUGCCUUUCAUCGAGGCCUUCAGGCAGUUCCAGUUUAAAGUGAAGAGGGAGAACUUCUGCAACAUUCACGUCAGUCUGAUACCACAGCCCAGUGCAACAGGAGAGCAAAAGACCAAACCAACUCAGAACAGCGUCAGAGAGCUGAGAGGACUGGGCUUGUCCCCUGAUCUGAUCAUGUGUCGCUGUUCCACCGCUCUGGAGAACUCUGUUAAAGAAAAGAUCUCGAUGUUCUGCCACGUAGAACCUGAACAGGUCAUCUGUGUGCAGGACGUGUCGUCCAUCUACAGAGUGCCGUUACUGCUGGAGGAUCAGGGCGUGGUGAGCUACCUGAGCAGGAGACUGAAUAUGCCCAUAGAGGCCCGACCCAGGAAGAUGCUGACUAAAUGGAAGGAGAUGUCUGACAGGUCGGACAGACUGCUAGAGCACUGCUCCAUAGCACUGGUGGGGAAGUACACCAAAUUCUCAGACUCUUAUGCUUCUGUGAUCAAGGCACUGGAGCACUCAGCCCUGGCCAUCAGUCACAAGCUGGAGGUUAAGUAUAUAGACUCAGCGUAUUUGGAACCGAGCACUCUGCAGGAGGAACCAGUGAAGUACCACGAGGCAUGGCAGAAACUCUGCAGUGCUGAUGGGAUCCUGGUUCCAGGAGGUUUCGGUAUCAGAGGAACUGAAGGAAAAAUUCAUGCCAUCAACUGGGCUAGAAAACAGAAAAAACCUUUUCUAGGUGUGUGUCUUGGAAUGCAGUUGGCUGUAUGUGAGUUUGCCAGAAACGUGAUUGGCUGGAAAGAUGCCAACUCAACAGAGUUUGACCCAGAAUCAAAGCAUCCUGUGGUGAUUGAUAUGCCAGAGCACAACCCUGGGCAAAUGGGUGGCACAAUGAGGCUGGGGAAGAGACGGACCAUUUUCAAGUCUAACACCAGCGUGCUGCGCAAGCUUUAUGGGGAUGCAGAGUAUGUGGAUGAAAGGCACAGACAUCGCUUUGAGGUCAAUCCUGAUCUGAAGAGCCACUUUGAAGACAGGGGCUUCCGCUUCGUAGGUCAAGAUGUGGAAGGGGAAAGGAUGGAGGUCAUAGAGCUGGAUGAUCAUCCAUAUUUCAUUGGAGUGCAGUACCACCCGGAGUUCACGUCUCGCCCCAUAAAGCCAUCACCCCCCUACCUUGGUUUGCUGCUAGCAGCUGCUGGAAAGCUGCAGAGCUACUUACAGAAGGGCUGCCGCCUGUCUCCACGGGACACAUACAGCGAUCGCAGUGGCAGCAGCUCCCCAGACUCUGAGAUAUCAGAACUCAAACUGCCAUCUAUCUCAAACGAGUAACUCUGAGGUACAAAACACUUCUCAUUUUCUGUAGUCAGUUCUUUACAAACGGAGUCAGUGUAUUUAAAUACAGGUGUUACUUAAUCCUUUGCUCCAAUUAUGUUGCAGACAGCUCUGGAUUUUUUGGGAAGUGGAUUAUAGAUGUAAUCAGAUUUUCUGUCAGUGCAUCAGUGACAACAGGCAGCUGUUAAUCAUGUUUCCAUGGGAUGUCCAGGUCUGAAACACUUUGCCAUUAUACAUGGGAUGAAUCUGGCUCCAUUGAAACUCAGGAACUGACAUUUCUCAGCAUGUCCAUCAUAUGCAGAACCAGCACCACUAUCAUAUUUUUACCCGUUUCAAACAGCUGUACAAUUGUGGCCUUAUUGUGUUUAGGUACUGAAACAUCCAUUUGCAGUUACAGUUCCUUCAAGAAUGUGAAUGUAAGAUGAAAUACAAUAAAAGGGAUUCC